AUGGAGGUUCCUACGAUAAACACCCUUAUGGUCGAGGGGUCGUUCGACGACCAAAUCCUCGAGAUGGCCCAGUACAUCGAUACCCGCAAGGGAUCGCAGGCUCUCGCUCCGGAACUCGAGGCUCUUAUUGAGGCUGGAGACAAGGAGACGGCACUCAAAAAGAUCGUUGACGCGAGUAGCGUACUUUCUUCCGCGCCAGAGAAGGAGUACAUCCCCGCCUACAACCUCCUCAUCCACCUGAUCCGCAGCUCCACCGAGCUGCCAAACCUUCUCCCCACAGUUCUCCAGAACCUUGCGACCCCCCCUCCUACAUCACCACACAACGGACCUGCAUUGUCGAUCCAUGCGCUCUCAACCAUCUUCAAUGUUCUCCCCGCCGACAGCAAGCUCCGAUACCCGGUCUUGAAGACAACCUUGAAGCUUACCUCUGACUGUGGAAUGUACGAGACGCUCCAGCCUCAGCUUAAGAACGUGGAGAAGUGGGUUGGCGAGUGGGGUUCCUCCCCCGAGGAGAUCAGGGAGUUGUACCUCUCCAUUGCCGACACUGCCGAGAAGUUUGGCGACAACGAUGAAUUUUACACCUUCCUUUUCAAGGCUCUCCAGACCAUCCCCGCCGCCGAUGCAGCCACUGAGCAGGCCCGAGCUCUUGCUCUCCGCCUCGUUAAGGCCGGUGUCAAUAUUCCUUCCCGCCUCGAGUUCGACGACCUGAUUGCCCUUGACGCCGUACAAAAACUUGCCAACACUGACCCUGAGGCGUUUGCUCUCCUUGAGGUUUUCAUUGGUGGAGAUCUUGAGGACUACGAGGAGUUCAAUGAUGAGCACGACGGCUGGGUUGACGACAACGGUAUCGACCACCCCAUUGCUUUCCGCAAGAUCCGUCUCCUCACCCUCGCCUCCCUUGCUUCACAAGCACCUAACCGUGAACUCCCCUACAACAUCAUCGCCCGACGCUUGCACAUUCCUAGUGAAGAAGUCGAGCUUUGGGUCAUCGACGUGAUCCGUGCCGGUCUUGUCGAGGGUAAGCUUUCGCAGCUCAACCAGACCUUCCUCAUCCACCGGUCCACAUACCGCUCAUUCGGUAAACACGAGUGGGAGGAGGUUGCCGGCAGACUAGAUAUCUGGAGGCAGAGCUUGAGAGGAAUAUUGGAGACUGUCCGGGGCGCUAGGGAAGCAGUUGUAGAGCAGCAUGGAAAGGAGCAGCAGGCGUCUGCUAACGCUGUAGAGAGGGCUGGAAGGUCUUUGGAAAUCGAGGCUUAG